AUGGAAAUUGUUAUUGCAAUGUUUCAUUCUAUUUAUAUGCAUCGAAUGGAACGAAGAAUAGAUGUUCAAGCUGUUCAACAGAUAGAUAGGCUUCAAAGAAGGCGCAGAAGGAUUCCAAGGUUUUUUCGUCCCAGAUUAGGACUUGAUGCACUUUCUGACAUUGACAUCAUCAGGCGUUUCAGAUUGAGUAGAGAAUCAAUUGAAAGGCUAUACAAUCAAAUAUCUGGUCAACUUGAACCCAUUACUUUUCGGACACAUGCUCUGCCAGGAAUGUUGAAGCUGUUGGCUGUUUUACAUUUUCUAGCAACUGGUUCCUUUCAAUCAGUUACUAGUGUAGUUGUUGGCAUGAGCCAGCCUUCUUUUUCACGCCACCUAACUACAGUGAUUGAUGCUCUUUUGUCAGUUUUCAAACGGUAUGUUUUUUUACCAAAUAUUGCUGAAGAAUGGCAUUCUGUAAAGCUUAAUUUUUUUAGACUUGCUGGAAUCCCAAAUGUGUUGGGUGCAAUUGAUUGUAGUCAUGUCAGAGUAAGGCCACCACAUCUAAAAGAAGAAAUGUAUCGCAACCGCAAGUUUUAUCAUUCUUUGAACAUCCAGAUGGUUUGUGAUGCUGGAGAUGCAGGAUAUUACUGUAGGAACUGGCUACUUACUCCUGUAAAUAUUCCACGCACAAGAUCUGAAAUGCGGUACAAUGAUGCACACAAAACAACUCGAUGUGUGAUUGAGAGGACCUUUGGAAUACUCAAAAGCCGUUUUCGUUGUCUAGAUGAAUCCGGAGGCACUCUUCAAUACGUUCCUGAGAAAGUGGCUGUUAUGGUGUUGGUCUGUUGCAUGUUGCAUAACAUCGCUUUGCGACAAUCAAACAUAGAGGAACUGGAAAUAAUAACACCAGAUGAAGAUGGUGUUGAAUCUGUUCCUCAAGAUGUAGUCGAAGGGGGUACACAUGCAUGUAACCAGUUGAUACAAACUCAUUUUGUUAACUCGAAAAUUUUUCUAAGUUCAAGCAUGAAAAUCUAUAAUUCAAAAAUGAAAAACGUUCUCCACAAAAUUAUUCACAAUUUAGAUGAUGAGAGUGAUGUGUAA